CUGGGUGAGCCGCAGCGAGAAGAGCCGUCAGGAUGAUGCCAACACCAGUUAUCCUGCUGAAGGAGGGGACAGACACCUCACAGGGCAUCCCCCAGCUUGUCAGCAACAUCAAUGCCUGCCAGGUGAUCGCUGAAGCUGUGCGCACUACGCUGGGACCUCGGGGCAUGGACAAGCUCAUUGUGGAUGAUGGGGGCAAAGCCACCAUCUCCAACGACGGUGCCACCAUCCUGAAGCUCCUCGACGUUGUCCAUCCGGCUGCGAAGACGCUGGUGGACAUCGCCAAGUCUCAAGAUGCAGAGGUUGGUGAUGGGACCACAUCUGUAACUCUUCUCGCUGCUGAGUUUCUGAAGCAAGUGAAGCCCUAUGUGGAGGAAGGCCUCCAUCCUCAGAUCAUCAUCCGUGCCUUCCGCACAGCCACGCAGCUGGCUGUAAACAAGAUCAAAGACAUUGCUGUUUCAGUGAAGAAGGAAGAUAAAGAUGAGCAGAGAAGCCUGCUGGAGAAGUGUGCAGCCACAGCCCUGAGCUCAAAGCUGAUAUCCCAGAGCAAGGAGUUUUUCUCCAAGAUGGUUGUAGAUGCUGUCAUGAUGCUAGAUGACUUGUUACAACUUAAAAUGAUUGGAAUAAAGAAGGUGCAAGGAGGUGCUUUGGAAGACUCUCAGCUGGUGGCUGGAGUUGCCUUUAAGAAGACCUUCUCUUAUGCUGGGUUUGAAAUGCAGCCCAAGAAGUAUCAGUCUCCCAAGAUUGCCUUGCUGAACGUGGAGCUGGAGCUCAAAGCUGAGAAGGACAACGCUGAAGUCAGAGUAAACACGGUGGAGGAUUACCAGGCCAUCGUGGAUGCUGAGUGGAACAUCUUGUAUGACAAACUAGACAAAAUCCACAAGUCAGGAGCCAAAGUUGUCCUCUCCAAACUCCCCAUUGGUGAUGUGGCUACCCAGUACUUUGCAGACAGAGACAUGUUUUGUGCUGGUCGUGUCCCAGAAGAAGAUCUGAAGCGAACGAUGAUGGCCUGUGGCGGUUCCAUCCAGACCAGUGUCAAUGCCCUGUCAGAUGAUGUUCUGGGCCGAUGUGAACUCUUUGAGGAGACUCAGAUUGGAGGAGAGAGGUACAACUUCUUCACAGGCUGCCCCAAGGCCAAGACGUGCACAAUAAUCCUGCGAGGGGGUGCAGAGCAGUUCAUGGAGGAGACAGAACGGUCCCUGCAUGAUGCCAUCAUGAUAGUCAGGAGAGCAAUCAAGAACGAUUCUGUUGUUGCUGGUGGUGGUGCAAUAGAGAUGGAGCUUUCCAAAUACCUCCGGGACUAUUCCAGGACCAUUCCAGGCAAGCAGCAGCUGCUGAUCGGUGCUUAUGCCAAAGCCCUGGAGAUCAUUCCCCGCCAGCUCUGCGACAACGCCGGCUUCGAUGCCACCAACAUCCUGAACAAGCUGCGAGCCAAGCACGCGCAGGGCGGGAUGUGGUACGGCGUGGACGUGACCAAGGAGGACAUCGCGGAUAACUUCGAGGCGUGCGUGUGGGAGCCGGCCGUCGUGCGCAUCAACGCGCUGACCGCCGCCUCCGAGGCCGCCUGCCUCAUCGUCUCCGUGGACGAGACCAUCAAGAACCCUCGCUCCACCGUGGACGCCGCGCCUGGUGCCCGGGGCCGGGGCCGGGGCAGGCCCCACAACCACUGA